GGCGGGACGGACGCACGGACGCCCGCGCGCGCCCGCGGACCGGUGGGCGGCUCAGCCUGCCCCAGGCCUGCACGAUGCUGCUCGUCGUGGUGCUUUCGCUCGUCUGCUUCAACGCAUCUCUGAGCCUGAAAAUCUGCUCCUUCAACGUGAAGUCUUUUGGAGAAGCAAAAAUAGCCAGGCAAGAAGUCAUCGAUGCCGUGGUGAAGGUCAUUUCCCGCUGUGAUAUCAUGUUACUGAUGGAAAUAAAGGAAAACAACAACAGAAUAUGCCCCCUUCUGAUGGAGAGGCUUAACAGAUGGUCAAAAGGGCCAAAAGAAGAAUACAGCUACGUGGUUAGCAAAAGACUGGGAAGAAAGACCUACAAGGAGCAGUAUGCAUUCCUCUAUAGGCAAAAUCUGGUGUCAGUGAAGCAAAUCUACCAGUAUCCUGAUCUCCAGCCUGGGGAUGAAGAUGCCUUUUCCAGAGAGCCCUUUGUCGUCUGGUUUCUCUCCCCCAAAACUGCUGUCAAAGAGUUUGCUGUAAUUCCUCAGCAUACCACACCAGAAACAGCAGUGCGAGAGAUUGAUGAGCUCUACGAUGUGUAUUUAGAUGUAAAGCAGCACUGGACAACUGAGAACUUCAUCUUCAUGGGGGACUUCAACGCUGGCUGUAGCUAUGUCCCGAAAAAGCAGUGGCAGAACAUCCGACUGAGGACUCACCCUGAGUUUGUCUGGCUAAUAGAUGACAAAAAUGACACAACGGUUAAGAAAAGCACAAGCUGCCCAUAUGACAGAAUCGUGGUGAGCGGGGAAGCGCUCGUGGGGGCCGUGGUGCCGCGCUCGGCGAGCGUCUUCGAUUUCCAGGCGGCUUUCGGGCUCACGGAGGAGCAGGCGCUGGCCGUCAGCGACCACUUCCCCGUGGAGUUCGAGCUGAAAACCGCCGGCGGCUCCUCCGGCUGGCCGAGGCCGCCGCUCCCGAAGAGGGGGCAGCCGAGGAAGAACCGCCGCCGCCGGCCGAGGGCGUCCUGAGCCCUCGCUCGCGCGCGCGGCCGAGGCGCAAGGCAGCCAACGCGUCUCCCUAAAAGACUGGCGUAGCUGCGGUCACGGCAAGCGCGGUAUUUCAGGGGAAAAUCAGAUAUUUUGUUAAACUUCAAAUAUUUCACAUAGGAAGGUGAAUUAAGCCUUCAGAUUAUUUUACUCACUGUAAGCACUGCAAAAAUCAAAUAACGUAACACAUUAUUUAACCCAAUGCUCCAGCGAUCUGUGUUUUCGGAUCAGCCUACACACUUUAUUUAGCGCAAAUCUCGUCAGAUAAAAGUCAUCCGAAAACUGCCGUCCAGUCCCAGUGGUUGCGGGGCUGGGAGUUUCCGAAGCGCGUAGUGAGUCGGGUAGGUCUGCGUAGGUUUGCCUGCG